GCGAGUUACAGAAUUAUGUUUCCUUCUAGCACCUUCUUUUAAAAUAUGGUGAUGAUGAACUAGUCUUUUAUUUAAUUAAUCAUAAAUUAUUCAUAUUGUUUUCACCACGUUGACAGUUUAUCUUUUUGUGUUAAAAAUGUGGACUUUUUUGGGACUAGCUAGCUUUACAUAUUUAUACAAAAAGUCAGGAUUUGUUUGGGCUUUAUCUCAGAAAGAGCUGUUGGCAGCCAUAGUCUUACUUCUGUCAGUGGGACUCCUGCUGACUUAUUUCCGAAACCUUCAUGGCCAGAAGGUGCUAACUUUCCCCCAUAGCCUCUUGUCUGUCUUACCUGUCGUCAACCGUCUCGCCCCUCAAAGUCCAUCAGCUAGGAGUGGGAAUGCUGAGAACGUGUGUGGAAAGAAGCUGAAAAGAAGGAAACAAGUGGCUACGGGUGGCUCCUCCUCGGGGAUUGGUUCAGACAUGGAUCCAGACGUGGUGAUAGUUGGGGCCGGAGUCCUGGGCUCAGCAAUGGCGGCUGUGCUGGCGCGGGAUGGAAGGAGGGUGACUGUAAUCGAGAGGGACUUGAAGGAGCCUGACAGGAUAGUCGGGGAGCUGCUGCAACCCGGCGGCUAUCGAGCGCUCAAAGAGUUGGGCCUGGAAGGCGCCGUGGAGAAUCUCGAUGCCCAUCUGGUCAACGGCUAUGUGAUCCAUAACAUGGAGACCAACACAGAGGUGGAGAUCCCUUACCCUCAGCAGGAGGAGAAAAUCCAGUGUGGACGUGCUUUCCAUCAUGGAAGAUUCAUUAUGGGCUUGCGGAAGGCAGCCCUGGCUGAGCCCAGUGUCACAUUUCUAGAAGGCACGGUGACGGCGUUGGAGGAAGAGCAUGGCUGUGUAACGGGGGUUGAGUACAAGGAUAAAGCCACAGGCCACAUCAAGGAAGUGCAUGCAGCUCUGACAGUGGUGGCUGACGGCUGCUUCUCCAAGUUCAGGAAGAGUUUGGUGUCUGGGAAAGCGCGCACUUCCUCUCACUUCGUUGGAUGCCUCAUGAAGGACUGCCCCCAGUUCAAAGCCAACAAUGCAGAGCUGGUGCUGGCCAACCCCAGCCCCGUGCUGGUCUAUCAGAUCUCCUCCACACACACCAGGGUCCUUGUGGACAUCAGGGGGGAGAUGCCCCGUAACCUCCCGCAGUACUUGGCAGAGAAAAUACACCCUCAGCUUCCAGAGCAUUUAAAGGAACCUUUCAUGGAGGCCCUACAGAACGAUCGUGUCAGGUCCAUGCCUGCCAGCUUCCUCCCGCCUUCUCCUGUCAACAAGUCAGGCGUUCUGCUCCUGGGCGAUGCUUACAAUAUGAGGCAUCCACUGACUGGAGGAGGGAUGAGCGUCGCUCUCAAUGACGUCAUCAUCUGGAGGCGCCUGUUGAGGAACAUUCCAGACCUGUACGACGACAGCGCCCUGUUGCAGGCUAACAAGAAAUUCCACUGGGAGCGCAAGUCAUCACAUUCCUUUGUGGUGAACGUGCUGGCCCAGGCCCUGUAUGAGCUCUUUGCAGCCACGGAUGACUCCCUUCAUGAACUGAGAAAAGCCUGCUUUCAGUACUUCAAACUCGGAGGAGAGUGCAUUGCCGGGCCUAUCGGAUUACUUUCAGUUUUAUCUCCCAAACCAAUGACCCUCGUCGGACACUUCUUUGCCGUGGCCUUGUACGCAAUCUACUUCAACUUCAAGUCUGAAUCCUGGAGCACCAAACACAGAGCUGUUUUAAAAAGUGGAGCCAUCCUCUACCGUGCUUGCAUGGUCUUGUUUCCCCUCAUCUACUCUGAGCUGCAGUACUUCCUGUACUGAAAAGCCAGCCCUCCCAUGGAUGAUCAGCGACCAGGAUUGCACUUUUCCAGCCUUCGGCAUUAGCUAAUCUUUCCUUAGCGAGGAUGAGGAUUUUUUUUUUUUUUACAUGUUGAGUGUGCCUUAGUGAUGACUUGUUCAUGUGGGCAAACUGUUAUACCUCGUCUGUGCUCACCCAUCCUUCACUGGACAUCUGAUGAGGUUGAGGUGGACGACACAAAACAUCCAGCAAUGUCUCAUUACCAUAUUUAAACUUUUUAAAACCACUUAAUUAUUGUGCUAAUUUGAAUAUUCAGGAAGAAUAAAGCACCUUUGAGUACCCUGCAGUGUACUUCAAUCAACAUUACAGUACUUCUGUACAAAUAUUGGAAACACUAAAGAAUGAUCCUGAUCCUUGCUUGAAAGCAAAUACCAUGUCCCCCCCC